AUGGACCCAAGGAGUAGUAAUGCACAAGCUAGAGGUGACAAUGCAAGACCUUCCAGUAUAGGUGGCGGAGACCCUGAUGCAGUGCUACGUAGCGUCACCCAGCAGGUGAUGGCAAAGAUGGCUAGGAGUUUAGAAGAGCGGAGCUGCACAAUUGAGCAGUUCACGCAUAUGAAACCCCCGUCGUUUGCUGGAGGGGCUAACUCACUGGUAGCUGAAAACUGGGUCCAGGAUAUGGAGGAUAUGUUAGCAGUCCUCCCAUGUACAUAUGAGCAGACGAGAUUAGCGAGACUACUAAAAGAGCAGAGACCUAAACCUGUAGCGGUGACAUGGAGCCGCUUCAGGGAGAUCUUUUUCGAGAAAUACUCCCCCACUACUGUUAAAAGUGCGAAGGCAGCAGAGUUCUUGCACUUGACGCAAGGGUCGAUAACAGUACAAAAAUAUGUAGCUAGAUUCAUCGAACUAUCCCGGUUUGCCACAUAUUUGGUGCCAGAUGAGGAGAAGAUGGCGAGGAAGUUCGAGGAGGGCCUGAGACAGAGCUUGUUUGAGCAGGUCAUAGGCUUCUGGGCCCAGACUUUUUGCAGAGGUAGUGCAUAG